AUGCCUGCCACCAUAGUAGCUCGCCCUGAUCCUAAGCAUGAUUGUUCUUUCAAUCCAAAUUUCCCUAACCAUUACAAGCGCUAUGAAACCAGAAGUUCCACUCAUGCACAGGCGACACGCAGUACCGGCAAUGCUGCCAGCAGCCUGAGAACCCCCAGUGGAAAUCAAUACAAGCAAAAGCUCCUGAAGUCUGGGCCAAUGUCCCCAGGAUCGCUGCUGGGAAACAGAACUACAGAACCCCAAUCCAUCAAAACACGCCUACCUAUGGAGCAGGAGACACAAGAUAACGAAUCAGUUGAUUGUGAAGAGGGUACAAACGAUGUUGCUACUAUCGUAGCAGAUUCGUUGUGUGAUCAUGAUAUCCAAAAGUCCUACCACUCUGAACACUUCACUCCAAAUGUACAAAAUGUUUUGAAGUAUUUAACUGGACUGGCUCCGGAAUUCCACGGUGUGAAACCGCGAGAAUUCGAAAUAAUAGAACAUGAGGUGGAAGAAACGGGCCGCAUAUCAAUAAAGCCCAGGCUCGCUUAUGACUAUAACGAACAACUUCUUACCAUCAAUAUGCCUACAGUCCUGCAUGAAGCUUUUCACGAUGAUCUGAAGGAUUUGUUCACAUCAGCUAUCAAGGAUCUCCCUUACAAUCGCAGAAUCAUUCGCCCUCAAGUUCACAUGAACAACAAACUCCGGCUCAAGAGCAAAUCGGUCACACCAGAUAUGGUCAUCUCACUAACUGCCAUGCAGGGGCCCACGCAAAAACUGCUCAUUCCCUACGUAGGAGAAACGGCAUUGACAGAGCAAUGGGAUCAUGUGUUUAAGAAGAUGGAAUCUAUGAUUGUCGCACGUCCAGAGAUCGUCUUAGCUUCGAUCGUAUUAGUACGCGAAGCCAAAUGCUACACCUCCCCUCACCAAGAUUCUAUCGCGAUGCAGACGUUACACAACCGCUGUGAUAGCGAAGAGAAGCCCGACCCCAUUUCUCUCGAAGACUUCAUCAAUCAAUGUUCAACACCACAGGACUUCAAGGAACCCUUGCAAGUCGCUGAUCAUACGUGGUGUCACAUCGAGUCUGUAGAGUAUUUUGUCUGGAUUAAGGGAGAUAAGGAUAAGGUGAUUGACAUGCAUAACAGCAAGCCAGAGGACAGAGCAUAUGGCAUGAGUUCUAUUAUGAGAGACCUCUUCCUCUCGUUCCAGAAAGACCUCGACUCCAAAUCUGUCGUCGAUCAUUCCGCUCUGGAGAAUUUCAUCAUCCCGCCAUUCCCCAUUGACUGGGACCUUGGCUCGCUGGGAGUCCUGACUGCGGUGGACCUCACAGCAUACACACGCUAUGUCGACUGGCAUGACGUGUGUUUCAGAGGCGCCAAGCGCACACGUGAUUCAUCUUACGAGCCUUCGGAAUCGGAGCACGAUGACAGUAGCUCCGAGUCCGGGGAAGCUCACACAUCGAAGCCUAGUGCAAUCCCCAAAGUCCCCCCCCCAUCUUACGUUCAGAACCUUCAUGUUUGGUCGUAG